CCAGUGAUGUGUCGGACAGCCUACGCCCUUCUUUUGUCAGUGGCGAUGUGCCUUCAGCUCGCCGCCGCCUCGUCACAGCCGCUGUGGCACGAGCAGUCUGUCGAACAUGAGAGCCAGGACGUCGAGGACAGCCUGGUCCCCAUCGUGUUCCUCCCUCUGGCCUCGCACCGCCCGUCCCAGCCCCUCCUCAGGUCGUCGAGCCAGAAGAGAAACUCCGAGAUCCUCAACACCCUGCUGGGCUCAGAGGCUCUCGGGGCCAUGAGGAACGCCGGCAGGAGGUAG